AAGCAGAACACCAACAAGAAGAACAACAACAACAACGAAGUAAACGCAACAACGACAACAAUUAGCACGAAACUUUCUACAACUAAAAAAAAGGCCCAUUAACAACAAAUUUUUCUACUAAAAAAAACCCAACUGCAACUAUUUCAACUAAACCUGGCACUAUUUUCGGCUAAUGCGAAUUGAGUGCCUUUUACAAUUUGUACACCUAAUACACUAAGUUUAAGCAAACGAUUAAGACUAGGAGGCGGACGUGCACGUAGACGACGCAAAGAUGUCCACACUGUCGUUGCGCAUACAGCUGGAGGGUGGUCGGGUGACCAAGACCAUACAAUUCCAACCAAAUACGACAGUCUUCGAUGCAUGCAAAAUCAUACGCGAUAAAUUUGCCGAAGCGGUGCAGGGACAACCUAGCGAAUAUGGACUCUUCAUUUCGGAUGAGCAGAACCAGCAGGGCGUUUGGCUAGAAGCUGGCCGCACACUGGGCUAUUAUAUACUGCAUAAUCAGGAUACGCUCGAAUAUCGACGCAAGCUCCGGACACUGCGUGUCCGCAUGUUAGAUGGCGCUGUCAAGACCAUCCUGGUCGACGACUCGCAGCCCGUUUCCCAGCUGAUGGUGGUAAUUUGCACCAAAAUUGGCAUUACCAAUCACGAGGAAUAUGGCCUGGUGCGUGAGGAUAACGAGGCGCAGAACGAGAACCUGCCGGACAAUAAGUUUGGUACGCUCACGCUCAAGCGCAAGUUCACCGAGAAGGAUCGCGAUGCCAAAAUGGAAAGUUUGCGCAAGAAACUCAAAACUGACGAUGAAAUGAACUGGGUCGAUGUGGGUCGCACACUGCGCGAACAGGGCAUCGAUGAGUCGGAGACGGUGCUGCUGCGCCGUCGUUUCUUCUUCUCUGAUCAGAACAUUGACUCGCGUGAUCCGGUGCAGCUGAAUUUGCUUUACGUGCAGGCCAGGGACGCCAUUCUCGAUGGCACACAUCCUGUUACCCAGGACAAGGCCUGCGAAUUCGCCGGAAUCCAAGUGCACAUACAAUUCGGGCCGCACAACGAGGCCAAGCACAAGCCCGGAUUCUUGGACUUAAAGGACUUUUUGCCACAGUCGUAUGUGCGUGUUAAGAACAUUGAGAAGAAAAUCUUUGCGGAGCAUAGAAAGCAUUUUGAAUUGACGGAAAUCGAUGCCAAAGUUCUGUACACCAAGACCGCUCGGGAGCUGCCCACCUAUGGCGUUACCUUCUUCCUAGUCAAGGAGAAGAUGAAUGGCAAGAACAAGCUUGUGCCGCGUCUCUUGGGUGUUACCAAAGACUCUGUGCUGCGUCUGGAUGAGCGCACCAAGGAGAUUUUAAUCUCCUGGCCACUGACCACAGUGCGUCGCUGGGGCGCCUCGCCGAACACCUUCACCCUGGACUUUGGCGACUAUGCGAAUCAAUACUAUUCAGUGCAGACGACAGAAGCCGAACAGAUCGUGCAGCUCAUAGCGGGCUAUAUCGAUAUCAUAUUGAAGAAGAAACAGACCAAGGAUCACUUUGGCAUCGAGGGAGAUGAGGGAUCCACCAUGGUGGAGGAGUCCGUUGCGCCAUCCAAGGCCACCUUCUUGCAGCACGAAACGAAUCGCGUGGAGAAGCUGAACUUGGAAAGUUUAGCGCAUCCGGGCGUUAUGCGGCCUUAUGACGGUGAACGCACCUUUACGCAGAACGAAAUGCAGAGCGUGCAGUAUGGCGCCUUUGUGGGUCAAGUAAAUCACGCUCAUCAACCGCCCACGACUAAGGAAGUACGCAUUAGUUCUGUGAAUCUGACGGAGCCGCAGCGUGCGCUGCUCGGUUAUAUAUCCGCUGGACAGGAUGUCUUAAUACGCGCUGACGAGGAGCUGCGCACCAAGGCACCCAUUCAGGAGCUGGGCAGCGAUCUGCGUUCCAUUGAGUGGCGUGAGAAUACGCUGGACACCUCGAAGCAGGCGGUCAGCUCGCAUGUGGCCACGAUGAGCGCGGCCACCGCGCAGAUUAUCACCGCCUCGCAGCCGGAUGAGGUCGAUACGGAAGCCAUUUCGGCAUCUGUGUCCCAGAUUGCCCAGACCAUACCCGAGGUCACCAAGGAGGUGCGCCUGAUUGCCGCCCUCAUGGAGAACGAUUCGAAUGGCGACCAGCUGCUGGAGGCAGCUCGCAAUCUGUGCAAUGCCUUUAGUGAUCUGCUCAAGGCCGCUGAGCCGGAGAGCAAGGAGCCACCGCAGCAUUUGAUUAAUGCCGCCAGCCGUGUGGGCGAAGCCACCACCCAUGUGCUCAGCACUAUUGCUGAGGAGGAGGCGCCAGAGAAUCGCGAUCUGCACGACAUGCUGCUGGCCCUGGCCAAGGCCGUGGCCAAUACCACAGCCGCCCUGGUGCUGCGGGCCAAGAACAUCGCCGCCAGCUGUGAGGACGAUCAGGCGCGCAAUCGCGUCAUUGGAGCAGCCAGCCAGUGCGCACUGGCCACCAGUCAGCUGGUCGCCUGCGCCAAGGUGGUGGCACCCACCCUGCACAAUGCUGCCUGCCGGGAGCAGCUGGAGGCGGCGGCCAGAAACGUGGCCCGUGCUGUCAACUCGCUCUGCGAGGUCUGCAACGAGGCGAGCAACGAUCCCAAGCUGAAGGCCGAUUUGCUGGACGCGGCACGCGAUGUCUCCAAGAGUCUCACAGAGAUGCUGGAGCAUGUGAAGCUAAGCACUCGCGAGCAUGCGAAUCGCACCAGUCAGGAGCUGAGUCCCGUCGAAAAUGUUAUCAUUGGCACCGAUGUUUUGGUGUCCACCAAUGAUCCCCAGGAAAUGGUGCGCCAUGCGCGCACCCUGGGCCAGACAACGGCACAGCUCAUCCAGAGCAUCAAGGGCGAGGCGGAUCAGCAGGAGGAUGCGGACAUGCAGCGGCGUUUGCUGUCGGCCGCCAAGCAGUUGGCCGAUGCCACCGCCAAGCUGGUGGAGGCGGCACGCCUGUGCUCCUCCAAUCCACAUGAUUCGGACAAUCAGAAUGCGCUGCGUCGUGCUGCCGAGGAGCUGCGCGAGAUCACCACCAGCACCGCCAAUACGCCGGCCAUGAAGCGUGGUCUCAUCCAGCGGCUCGAGUUCCACUCUAAGCUGGCUGCCUCAGCAGCCACCCAGUGCAUCUCGGCCGCCCAGAAUGCGGUGCAGCACAGCCAAGACCAUCAGACCAAGGAGUCGCUGCUGCAGGAUUGCAAACGCGUCGCAGACACCAUACCACGACUGGUCACAUCGCUGAAGACGACGCGCGCCCAGCCAGACGAUGCGCACGCCCAGCUGAAUCUUAUCGAGGCGGCGGAACAGUUCAUUGAGCCUGCUCUUCAAGUAUCGCAAUCUUCACGUGCCCUGCGGCCCACUGUCACGGAUAUACCCUCUGCCGCGCAGCUGUCCAAGAGUGCAUUGCAUCUGGGCCAGACGGUUUCAGAGCUGCAUUCGGUGGCGCAGCGUGCACGCGAUGCCUGCGGUGGUCAGGAGCUGGAGUCCGCCUUGGAGGCGGUGCGCAAGCUGCAUCAUGUGCUCGACGAUACACGCCAGGCAGCGCUGGCGGGUCAACUGCGUCCUCUGCCCGGCGAGACGGUGGAGAACACCGCCGACGAGCUGCGCAAAUCGGCCAAGAAUGUGGGCAUUGCUUUGAGCCAGUUGCUCAGCUCUGUACUGCAGGGACAACGCAGCUAUGCAGGCGCCGCUGGCCGGGACACGGCUCUGGCCCUGGGCGACUUCACCAAGAGCGUGCAUGGCGUGGCGGCGACCACACAGAAUCCGGCCAUCAUUGAGUGCGCCGACGACGUGGUCACCAGCUCCGCACAGCUGAUAGAGCAGGCGCAGCGCACGCUGCAGGGUAUCUCCGAUCCGCAGGCGCUGACCCAAGCGGGCCGAGAUGUGACAGGUGCCCUCUCGCGCACCGUCGACUGCAUACCCGGCCAGCGUGAGGUGGACGCCGCGCUGCGCAAUGUCAGCGAACUCAGCGAGAUUCUGUCCGUGAGCGAAUUCCCGCCCUCGAACCGACCCUAUGCCGAGCUGCAGUCCGAGCUGAAGCAGGUGGCCGAGCAGCUGAGCAGCGCCGGCGGCCAGAUUGUCCAAUCGUAUGCCAGCCCUGCCCUGCUGGCCGACAGCAGCCAGAACUUUGCGGCCAACUACAGGGAUCUGUUGUCGGUGAGCAUGCAGAUGGCGGGGCAGACCCAAACGGAUGAGCCCGUGCGCUCGCAGAUGAUUGACUGCCUGCGCAAUGUGUCGACACAGUCGUGUUCGCUGCUCUCCACGGCCAAGUCCAUUGCCGCCGAUCCUGGCCAGCCGAAUGCCAAGAAUUUGCUGCAUGCCGCCGCCCGCAGCGUUACGGAGAGCAUCAAUCAGCUGGUGGAUGCCAGCAUUCAGUCGGCGCCGGGCCAAAAGGAGUGCGAUAAUGCCAUGCGCAACAUUGAGGCACUGCGUCUGAUGCUCGACUAUCCGCACGAGCCGAUCAACGAGAUGGGCUACUUUGAUUGCGUCGAACAGGCGACCGCCAAGUCGCGCAAUCUGGGCUAUGCCAUCUCCGAGAUGAUCAACAAUGCCAAACAGUCACAGCACGUGGAGUUCAGUCAGUCGGUGAACAAUGUCAACGACUCCAUACAGGGUCUGAUGGAGAGCUCCUCGCAGGCAGCCUAUCUCAUUGGCGUCUCGCAUCCCAGCAGCGUGGCUGGGCGUCCCGGCAUCAUUGACCAGGCGCAGUUGACCUGGGCCUAUCAGGGCAUUCGACAGCAUUGCGACAUUGUGAGCAGCGCCCAGUCAGGCAAGCCGCAGAUGAUCUCGGCUCUGACCGUGAUUGCCAAGCACACGAGCUAUCUGUGUUCCAUUUGCCGACAGGCGAGCAUGAACACCAACAAUCCGGUGGCCAAGAAUGAGUUCAUUGUGCUGGCCAAGCGGGUGGCCACCGCAACAUCGGAUCUUGUGCAGGACAUCAAAGCGAUUGAGGAGAAUCCCACGAGCGGCAGUCGGGAUCGACUUGUGGAGCCGCUGCUGGAUGCUGUCAAGGCAGUGCGUCAAUAUGCCUCCAGUCCAGAGUUUAUAUCGAUUCCGGCCAAAAUCUCAGCCGAGGGUCGCAAGGCGCAGGAGCCAGUUAUUCAGGCUGGACGUGGUGUUAUAGAUGGCGUCGUCGAGAUGGUCAAGGCGGCCAAAUCGCUGGCCUUGUCCCCGGACAAUCCGCCCGUGUGGCAGCAGCUCUCCAUGCACUCCACGCCCGUUUCCGAGUCCGUCAAGCGGCUCGUGGACAACAUACGCGACAAGGCGCCCGGACAGGCCCAAUGUGAGCAGGUGCUGCACACCCUGGGCACCUGCACCCGUGAGCUGGACAGCUGCGCCCUGGCCGCCAAUGCUCAGGGCCUGAGCCGUCGUCGGGACAAUAAUCUGCAUGGCUUCAGUGGCCAAACGAUGAACUCUGCCGCGGAGCUGUUGGACAAAUUGGAACCCAUACGCGUGGCGGGCAAGAACAAUGCCGAGCAGCUGGGCCAUGCCGUGGGCGAGAUCUCGCGCUAUGUGGUGCCCAUGGUGAAUGGCGCCAUUGGCGCCUGCACCCACAUCGUGCACAGCCAGCAGCAAAUGUCGCUGAUCAAUCAGACCAAGUCGGUGGUCGAGAGCGCCAUUACCCUGGUGCAAUCGGCCAAGGACUCGGCGGGUAAUCCACGUGCCACACACGCCCAUCCGCGCCUCGACGAGGCCAUCGAUGGUACCCGGGAGGCCAUCCAGGAGCUGCAGCAAGCUGUGGAGAAGAUCAAUGCCGAGACGGGCAUUGUCACCGGCCUCAUGGAGCAGGUGAAUCGCGCCAUAACGCGGCUCACGGACAAGCGACAGUCGCUGCUGAAUGCCUCCUACUCGGACACCUUUGUGGACUACCAGACGCGCAUGGUGGCCACGGCCAAGGAGAUUGCUCGCCUGGGCAACGAGAUGAACGCCAAGAGCAGUGUGGAGCCAGCGGCUCUGCCCCAGCUGGCCGUCGAAAUGACCCAGCACUACCAGCUGCUCACCCAGGAUUCGGUGGGCGCCAGCACGACCACCACCUCGCCAGAUGUGGCCAUGCGCAUACGCAACACAGUCAUCGAUUUGGGUCGUUCGGUCAGCUCCAUGAUACAGUCCUCUGCCGGCGGCGCCAGUCCACAUGAUGCCAGCGCCCUCAAGCAGAUAUCGAACAAUGCUCGCGAGGUAUCCGAGAAGGUGGCCCAGGUGCUGGCUGCCCUGCAAGCCGGUUCUCGCGGCACCCAGGCCUGCAUCAAUGCUGCCCACACCGUAUCCGGCAUCAUCGGAGAUCUGGAUACGACCAUUAUGUUUGCCACGGCGGGCACACUGCACUCGGACGGCGACGGCAGCUUUGCCGAUCACCGAGAGCACAUUCUACAGACAGCCAAGGCUCUGGUGGAGGACACUAAGGUGCUGGUAACCGGCGCCGCCGGCACACAAGAUCAGCUGGCCAAUGCGGCACAGAAUGCCGUCUCAACAAUUACUCAACUCGCGGAGGCUGUAAAGCGCGGCGCCUGCUCCUUGGGCUCCUCGCAGCCCGACUCGCAGGUUAUGGUCAUUAAUGCUGUCAAGGAUGUGGCCUCGGCUCUCGGUGAUUUGAUCAACUGCACCAAACUGGCCUCGGGCAAGCCCAUACACGAUCCCUCUAUGCAGGGUCUCAAGGAGAGCGCCAGGGUCAUGGUGCUGAAUGUCUCCUCGCUGCUGAAGACCGUCAAAGCUGUCGAGGAUGAGCACACGCGCGGCACACGCGCCAUGGAGGCCACUGUGGAGGCCAUUUCACAGGAGAUACGCGCCAUGCAGACGCCGCCGCCCGUGGGCAGCGCUCAGAUGGGACCCGAGGAUUUGAUACGCGUCACCAUGAAUGUAACAGCUGCCACGGCAAAGGCUGUCGCCGCCGGCACCUCCAAUCUGCAGGCGGACAUUGUGGCUGCGGCCAAUUUGGGCCGUCGCGCCAUCUCGGACAUGCUGAUCGUUUGCCGUUCCGUUGCCUGGAACUGUGCCGAGACGGAUGAGCUGCGUGUGCGCACACUGGAGGCGGGCACCGCUGUCGCCGAAUCCUACAGAGAGCUGCUCAAUGGCAUUUUGCACAAUUGCAGCGCCGACGAUCGCAUGCACUAUUCGCGACGCGUGGCCAAGUGCGUCACAGAUCUGGUGGCCAUGGCGCGUCUGCUGAAGGGCUCCGACUGGAUAGAUCCGGAGGAUCCCACGGUCAUAGCCGAAAACGAGCUGCUCGGCGCUGCGGCAUCCAUCGAUGCGGCUGCCAAGAAACUGGCCUCGCUGCGACCACGUCGCCAGGCGGAUGUCAAGAUCGAGCUGGAUGAGAACAUGAAGUUCGAUGAGAUGAUCCUCGAGGCAGCCAAGGGCAUUAUGGCCGCCUCUGCUGCCUUGGUACGUGCUGCCAAUGCCGCUCAGCGUGAGCUCAUUGAUCAGGGCAAGGUGGCACGGCGUCCGUUGACCAGCUCCGAUGAUGGCCAGUGGUCGGAGGGUCUGAUUUCAGCCGCCCGCCUGGUGGCUGCAGCCACACACAGCUUGGUGGAGGCCGCACAGAAUUUGGUGCGCGGCGUCGGCACCGAGGAGAUGCUCAUCUCGACGGCCAAACAGGUGGCUGCCUCCACAGCGCAAUUGCUGAUUGCAUGCAAGGUCAAAUCGAAUCCCAACUCGGAGGCGGGACGUCGCCUGCAGGCCGCUGGCAAUGCAGUCAUCAAAUCCACUGACAAUCUGGUGCAUGCCGCCCAACAAGGCCUCGAGGCGGAGGAGGAGCAUUCGCUGAAGAUCAACACAUCCAUGGUGGACGGCAUGGCGCAGGAGAUCAAUGCACGCUCCGCUGUGCUGCGUAAGGAGAAGGAGCUGGAGGAGGCGCGCCAGCGUCUCAAGCAUGUGCGCCAGGCGCAGCGUUAUGCCAAGAACACCCAAGGCUUCACCACCGACGAGAGCGACACGGAGUACGCCUACGGCACGCUCAACAGGAGCCAGAACAAUAACUCCUCAACGUCCGCGCCCGUUGUGCCACCACCGCCGCCACAGAAGCCGACGGUGAAUCGCAAUCUGGAGGCCUGUGUCCAGGAUCUGCAUGACAAGACGUUCGGCCAGGGCGGCGUAGUGCAGCUGACCGGCGGCAAUGCCUAUCCCGGCCAGAACUACGAGGGCUACACGUCCAGCAGAUACGAGACGCGCAACUUUGACAAGUCAGCCAACAAUAGCGGCGGCAGCGCCAGUGAGCUGGGCCUGCCCAAGCCUGGCCUGGAGUCGAGCUUCUCUCAGAUGACGCUCAACACGGAUGGCGGCAAGCUGAGCAUUGUGGAUCAGGGCUCCGAGCGUCUCACCUCAAUGACGCAGCGCGUCAUGGAGCGCAAAUCGUUUACGACAACAACAGAAUCGCGUUCCGAGACGAAGACGGAGAAGCACAGUUUUCGACUGGAAUAAGGUAUAGGAGCAGGAGCAGGAACUGCAGCUGCAGUCGAAACUAAACGAAGAAGUUUGCCAAAUGUGCUUUUAACAUUUAUAUGCAUACUAAUAGUAAUAAUUUAACAUUAGAAUAUAAUUAGCCACUAGCGUUAAUAUGUCAAUAUAUACACACGCCACACAAAUACCCCAUAUACACACGCACACACACACCCUAAAUGUAACGUUAUAUUCGCUUUUCAUUUCAAUUUCGGUUUUUAUUUUCUAACUAUCCAAUCUUUUUGUGUAUAUUUGUUGUGCUUUUGAACGUGUCUAUCUGCCAAUUUAUUGCCAAUUUUUUAACACACUACGAAACAUAAACUGAACCCCUAUUAAAAGAAAAAACGCAUACUUUGUACUAAUCAAAUCAAAUUUAUUCUAAAACUGUAACCAAAAAAAAACUAAAUGCAAAUUGGGUUCAUCGAUUUAAUGUUAAUUCUAUGCAAUUUAUUACCGUGCACCUAAAAACUAAAUAUUUUAAAUCGAGAAUUAUUAUUAACGCGAUUUUAGUUAAUUCAAUUCACAUUUGUUGUUCACAUAACGUUUAGUUCUUAAAAACAUCUAUGUACGUAAACAAUGUUCUAUGUUCUUCUAAAAAAGGAUAUUCUUGCUCUGUAAUUUCGUUUUGUAUAUACGAGUACCUAUGUGAGCUGUCGUGUAUACGUAAUUGCAUAUUUUAAUUGUGUAUUUUUUGUAAAUUAAUAAAAACAAUAUUUUAACAACAAAUGCGAAAGAGUUGUCUUUAUAGCUAAAACUUAGCUAAAAUUACAAACCUUUCUUAUUUAUUAUUAUGCGGGCCGCAAGGAAAUCGACUGAAAUUUUGAUGUCCUUUGAAACAUACAACGUCUGAAGCUAACUGGAGUAAAAGCUAUUAUUCCAAGGGAAAAACAUUUAAAAAAAUAACGUUCUUUUCUAUUUGGCGGUUGCGGGAUUCAUUUGAAAGCAAAUUCAAAUUUAACGGCUCAACAUGCCCCUUUUGGGUAUGCUACGAAAUUUUUCGACCGGCGAUUUUCGUCUACCUGCUGGGCAUUUCUGUUCGCCUGGUAUUUCAGCUGAAUUUUAUAGAAAUUUGGUGCGCCCCAUUCAAAUUUUUAAUUUUUUUAUAUACAAGGACGAUUGCUAUGUCCUUUUGCCAGUCAAUAGUCGUGGUCAAUACAAUUAGUUUGACACAGGAUUCGUCAGGAUCCGUAAGGAUAUGACCGAGUUAUGGCUAAUUUUUUUAACAAGGCUCCUUGAAGGAUUUUCGUCCUUUUUAUUGCAUAUUCUAAAUUGGCAGGAUAACAACUAUCUGUACGCCAAAGGACAUCAGGAUAGUCCUUGAAAUGGCCAAAUUAUAGGCAAUUUAAUAAUACAUAGAAUAUAUGGUCCUUUUUAGAAAAGUGGCCAUAACUCGGCCAUAUCCUUGCAGAUUUUCGCAGGACCUGGUGCGUUAGGAUCGUAAGGACCAGCUGCAUCGAACUGCAUCAAAAAAUUAUGGGGUCAUCUAAGAAUCCUGGACUUGACAAUUUUUCGGUGGCGAUUUACAAGGAAAACAGGCCGAAAACACAAAAUCCUUAAUAUCUCAGAACAGGGACGAUUUUGAUGUCCUUUGGCCAGAUGAUAGCCCUGGUCCAUACAAUUAAUUUGACACAGGACUCGUCAGGAUACGCAAGGAUAUAGCCGAGUUAUAGGCUAUUUUGUGUUUGAAAAUUUGGCAUUUUUUCUCCGCCGUUU